UGUUUUUUCCUUUCUCUUCUUUUGAACCUUCUGGCAGUCAUCAUUUCCUUUCUACGAACGGAUGAUUGUUCUAUUUUCAUUAUUUUUACUAUUACUAAAUACAUCGUUAUGUUUAGCUGAUGCUGUGCUGCCUAGAGCCUUUCUAGGAUGUUCCUUAGUAUUAAAUGCAAUUUAUUGUUAUGGGGGAAUGGAUGGUACUGUUAACGACGGUAAAUAUAUUAACUAUGUUCAUACUACCAGUGAUCUCUUUUCUCUUGAUAUGACCACCUUUGAUUUUAAUGGCAAUGCAUCAUCAGCACAGACCAACUGGACAACCAUCACUAAUGCUGUGAACAUGAAAGCCUUGUCACCUUUAAGCUAUCAUGUCACUACUGCUAUCGCUGGUCAAUCAAAAUUUCUUGUCUAUGGUGGUUUCAGUGAGAGUACAAUUUCUAACCCAAUCAUGAUAUAUGAUCCUCCCACUCGUACUUGGUCCUUUGUAUCUAGCUAUGGCAAUUGCUCACAAUCUGGAGCUAUUGUUGAUCUUGGUGGAACCCAAACCUUCUGGACUUUUGGAGGUUACAUUGGCGGUCUUGUUACCCCUAAUACAGCAUACCUUUUUAAUUAUGGAAAGUCUCAAUGGUCAACGGUAGCUGGUGACACAAAAAAUACAAACGUUCGCUAUUCUUAUACUGCUACUCUCGGCAAUAAUAAUCGUAUCUAUCUCAUUGGUGGGUUCGAAAAUACUGCAGAUUCCAAAUACGCCGUUGGAGGUGUUAAUAUGUUACAAGUCAGAUGGUACGAUACUACCAACCAAUCCUGGGGAACAGAUAUAGCUACUGCUAAUGCGGGGUUGGUUUCACAACGAGCUUAUCAUACAACUACACAAAUUCCUGGUACUACCAAGUUCUUAGUCUAUGGUGGAAGUGUAUGGAUCGGAGAACAGAACAACCUACCUAACGAUUAUGCAUACACAUAUGAUUACAUUUCCAAGCAAUAUAAUCAACUCAACCUUGGAUCUGGUGGAGCUGGAAAGCGAUCUGGUCAUCAAGCUGUUGGAUACAAGUCGUAUAUCUUUAUUUUAUUUGGAUUCGAUGACAAACAAAGCCUUCGCAAUGAUAUCAAUGUUCUUGAUGUAUCUAAUGCUACCAAUCCAGUAUGGUUAGGCACGAAAAGUGGUACCUCCUCUUCACAAAGUGCUAAUGCAUCAACUUCUUUGACUUCUUCAUCCAAUGAUAAUGAACUUUCAACUGGUGCUAUUGUAGGCAUUGCCGUUGCUGCUUCAGUUGUAGGUGUAUGUGGUAUUGCAGGGAUAUUAUUCUGCUUGUAUAGAAAAAAAAGAAAAGGAAAACAAUUCGAAAUGGAAGAAAUCAAUCAAACAGAACUUCUUAGCAAAACAUGGAUGGAUGGUUCGGAUGAUAAAAAGAAAGGAUCGAUCAAUCAGGAUAAAACUGUUUGUACUGAUGAUUCUCCACCCUUUCAAAAAAGUGCAUGUUAUUCUCUCAAGCCAUCAACUCCAAUGAUGGAGGAUACUAUCAAACCAAUGUCAAUGGACGUAGUCGAUUAUGUCAAGCCGAUGUCACGAGAUGAAGAAAGUUUUGUUAAACCUCAUUCAUCUGAAUAGAAAUGUCACAAUAAAGUUCAUCGAUCUAUAGAUUC